AUGAAUAAAAAUAUAAAGAAUGAGAGAAAAUGUGAUAAUGAAAGAGAAAUAAUUUUAUUAGGUUUUCUAAAUAUGGAAUGUGUGUAUGGUAAAAAUUGGUUCAGUAAAAAAAAUGAAAUAAAAAAAGAUAUAGAAUAUAAAGCUGUGAAAUUAAAUCAGGCGUUUAAACAUCCAUCAAUAUUUCAUGAAAAUUUUGAAUUUUUAUCAGCAGAUGAUUAUAAUUAUGUAAAAAACAAUUAUAUAUAUAGUGCUAUUCUUAUAUUUAAUCCAAAUUUAACUAAUAAAAAUUCUAAUGAAGAAAAAGAAAAUAAUAAAAAUUCAGUAAAUAAUUCUAAAAAAAAUGUAUAUAUGAUUAGUAAUAAUAAAAAAAGUAAAGAAAAUAAAUCAAAAAUUGAAAAUAUAAAAAUUCAUGAAAAUGAGAAAAAUACAGAAGAAUGUUCUAAUGAUAGUCAAUUAAAAGAAGUAAAUAAUGAAACGGAACAAAUAAAAGAUAAUUUAGAUAAAAAAAAAGAAGGAAUUGGUGUUUUAGUUGUAACAUGUAAAAAAAUGGAGAAAAUAAAAAUGAAACAUAUUUUAAUUAAAAUGUUAAAAAAGGAAAUAAAAGUAGAAUCAACUGUUUUAAAGUGUAAAGAUAAAAUUUCAAACUACAAUAUAAAAAAUAAUGAAGAUAAUAAAUCAAAAAGUAAAUUAACUGAAAUAAAAUAUUUAGAUAAACCAGAUAUAUCACUUAAUAUUAAUAAGCCAUUUGAUGUAAAAAAAAAUAAUUUCUUUAAUAUGACAGCAUAUAUAUAUGGAUCUUCAAAUAUUUUAGCAAAUACAAGUUUAGUUCAAAGAGAAUAUUGUGAUGAUGAAUGGGCAGAAAAAUUGAGAAGGACAAAAAAAGAAAAAGCGGAAAUUAACAAAACUGUAAGUGAUAAUAAUAAAGAAUCUAGGAAAGAAACUGGAUUAAUUAGGUCAUUUACAUCUUUGUUCAAAAAAUAA